GAACAAAAACAAUGCAAAAACGAAAUUAAAAGCGAGCGGUUGUGUUGUACUGAGUUCGCGGUGAAACGCAAAAAGAAAAUUUGCUGCACAAAUGACAAACGUCUAGACGCAUUUUGGCACCUGAUAAAUUGCAAUAACAGAAGAAAACUGGGCCCGGGCCGUGCCCAAUUUCUCGCUAAAAGUUAGAAGGUUGUCAAUUUCAACAAAACGCCGUGGUUGGCGUGCUUUUUCUAAGAAUCAAUCGAAAAACGUUCCCCGGGCAUGUCUGAAGCGCAUAAGUCCAAUAACUGUGCUGUUGGUCCUGGAGGCGGCGACGCUGCUGCUGCUGCGACGACGACAAAUCACAGCAAAAGCAACAAAAUGAAAUUAAAAUCGGCGCAGAAUAGCAGCGAUGGCGGCAGCAUAGAGAAACUCUCACCAGAUCAGGAUAUCUAUAUUAAUGCCGCCGAUGGUCUGCCGAGUCAGCAUCCAUCGCUGCCUCUGGAGACUACAGUGGACAGCGAUACAGAGCCAGAAGUGGAUGCCGAUUCGUUUGAUGAUUUACCCACAUCCAUUAUUGUUACAAACAUACACUCGGAGGUGUUUACCAACCCGGAGCUUAAGCACGACAUGGAGGAGCUCUUUCGCACAUUUAGCGAGUCAGCCACCUUUCAAUGGCUGCGCAGCUUUCGCCGGCUGCGCGUCAACUAUGACAACGCUGUGGCAGCGGCCAAUGCACGCAUCAAGCUGCAUCAGUAUGAGUUUAACAAAAAGACAGUGAUCACCUGCUACUUUGCCCAGCCGGUGACUCCAGUCAACAAUAAGAACCUGCAGCCACCAGCGCCGGUCAAACAGUUCCUUAUCUCACCGCCCGCAUCACCGCCAGCCGGCUGGGAACCGCGAGAGGAAGGCGAACCACUGGUUAAUCACGAUCUGCUAGCCGCUUUGGCCAGUCUAACACCCGGCGAGUCGCACGAGCUCCAUCCACAGAGCGAGGAUCAACCGGCGAUAAUAGUGCACACGGCUAUGCUGCCGGAGAAUGUUGCAGCCGGACCCAAGUCAGCCAUUGUACAGACCAAGUGUCCGGAGCGCGCCUAAGCAAGCUCAGCUUGAAACUGUUGUCUUUCAGCAUGGCAUGGCAAGGAUCAGAGCAUGGUAAAGCCCAAGACGGAAUUGUAGCCGCCCAGGCGAGUGUAGAAGGGAGCAAAGGCAGAAACGGAUGAACGGAUGAACGAAUGAACGUUGAACGCUCAACCCUUUACUGGUUGAAUAACCGUCUAAAACGGCUACGUACCUUUUUGUAAAUAAUAAUUUUUGAAAUAAUUCGAUUGUGAUUAUUUUACACUUGUGUAUUUCUUUUAUUAAGUACUCUUUUAUUGUACAAGUAGUUUGAAUAUAGUUUAAAGCGUUUAUCGUUUUAUGCGUUUCUCAAUUAUCGAUAAGAUGGCUUUGAUCAAUUGUGCGCCCAAGAUGUGCUGCUAUCUAAUGUAAUUCUAGAUGUGUUUGUUGUUUGCAUAUAAAUACAUACAUGCAUAAAUAUUGUCCUUCAAGAUUUCAGAAUUCACGUUUUUGCGCUCUCGCUCUCUUGGUGUACUCGUUGUCAAUGUCAGCAAAUGUACUCGUUACUCUUGUUACGCGAUCCACAAAUCCAAAUAUCUAACUGUACCUACUUACAUUAUACUAUGAAACUAACUACGUACAUAUAUGUGCAUCCGUACAUACAUACAUACAUGCACACUUGCCUACAACACGAAUUUAAAACCAGUAACGUAGGUGUGUGUGUGUGUGUGUAUGCGUGAUUUAGAUAUCUAAAUGUAUAUGUAAAUGUUAAUCUAAUUGUAAGCGCAGAUAAAACGGAAUAAAACUAUAUUUAUCUUAUAUUAAAUUGCAUACGUACAUUUA